AUGUCGUUCUACGACGUGUCCAUCAGCUUGCCUGCCAAGGUGCGAGGCCCAGAAGCUGAAGAAGAGUGGCAAGAGGCCCACCAGUAUCGCCAGUAUGCGAAGUAUAUCAUGAAAUGGGAUGAGUUGGAGUUGCAAAUCCGGACGAGGUUGGCCAAUCGUUGGCCCUUGGUCUUCACAGGUGCAGAACUCUAUGGACCAGAUCCAAAUAGUGAAGUCAGCACGGAGGUUUUGCUGGGCCGUGGUGCUUUGGUGCUUCUGGAUCCUCCUGAGACAGCGAACAAGGUUGGUAGUUACGAGCUUUUGUUCUACUGUGAGGACGAGGAGCAGCGAACAGCAGCAGAUGCAGCAUCUGAGGCCAUGAAGACGGCAAGCAGCAGCCUCAGCACAAGCCGUGGUCGUGCCAAGCGCAGCAUAAAUUUCAAACAUGCUGAGCUAUUUGAAUUCGAGGGGCAGCUGAGUUUGCAGCAGGGCAGGCAUCAGAUUUUGAGAGACGAGCUCCAUGAGGACGCCGAGGAGGAGUACUGGCAGGAGGGUGAAGAGGAAGAAGCCCUUGAAGAGUCCUAUGAGCCGGAAGAGCCCAAGGCCAAGGACGAGAUGGAUGGUCGGCUACCCCUUCGCUGGCUGGUGAUUCACAUGCAGGCGAUGACCGCCGCGAUCCCGGAAGCCCAUCGAAGACCGAAGACCACCUCCAAGAGCCCCUCAAAGGAUUCAGGAGAAUCCAGGUCCCAAAAGCGACCACGUGGAAACCUUCCACCAGCUCCGGUCUUCAACGGCGACCGUAAGACCAAUCCCAAGUGCUUCAAGAUCUGGAUUGGCAAGGUCGACUCCUACGUUGAGAUCGCCCGCAAGAUCAUCGACGAGGGCGAGAUUGGUUUGCGCUUGCGCGCGGCGCUGGAGGGCAAGGCCGCAGAGUACCUCGAGGACGCGCCCGCCAAGACCUUCGGUGGUGUUGAUGGAUGGCGCAUCCUCAUGAGGGUCCUCCAGGAGAAGUUCGACGAGCCGCAGGCCGCCGACCUUCUGGACAAGGCUCAUCGCGAUUGUCGCGAUACAGGCCUCGACGUGCCCGAUGCCGUCGUCAUCUACUGGUACUUCGAGCACACCGGUCUCAGCCAGGAGCGCCAGGCGAACCUUCUGCUUCGCACUAAUGGCGAGGACAACUGGCGCAAGCUGAAGCAGGCCAUCGACGUCCUCUACCCCAACACUUGGCCAAGUUGGGACGCCUCGGAAGAGCAGCUUGAGGAUUGGCUAUGGGAGAACGACCCCAUUGAGACCCUGGCCAACGCCGACCUACAACCGGGAGUUCCUGAAGAAGUUUCGCGAGAACUUCACCAAUGUUUCGCCACUCACCGGGAGAACCGGCAGAAGUUGGCCAAGGCAGUCAAAGCCCGUGGCUUCUAUGUGUCUGGUGGCAACGCCAGCAAGGGCAAGAAGGGUGGCAAAGGAUCCAAGGGCGGCAAGUCCAAGUCCAAAGGAUCCAAAGGCGGCAGCAAGGCUCGUGGCGUGUCCUUGCAAGAGCUCAAAGCCGUCGCCGCCUGUGGCGACUGUGAACAGAUCGGCCACUGGAAGGGCGACCCUGAAUGCCCCAGCGGAGCUCACGAGACCGUCGCCAGGAAAGUGGAUGCCCUUCUCAAGAAGCUCAAGCCGACAGCACCAUCUGUGGAUUUGCGAGCAGUCCGUACCGAGCUAGCCAAGGGCGCCGCCCGUCACUAUGAGUCCGACAAGUUCCAGGCGGUUGGAUCUGCUUGGGCGCUGUUGGUCGACAAGGACAAGAAGGCGCCGGACCUUGACAACCUGAGGCAGCGCCGGACCUUCAUGGCAAGGCGAGUGGAUUGGGGUGGCAUCAUCGCCGUGCGCGACGACGAUGAGGAGGAGCUCAUUCCUGACCUUCCACUUGGCAGUCGACAGGUCCUGGAGGCCAUCGCCCCGCGAUUCCUGGACAAGUUCGAGAUUGCCACCAAGUUCGCGCUAAAGCCCAAGGAGGCAGCCCACAACUUGGAAGGGUGCUACUCGCAAUCAUCCUCGCAGGAGCUGGCGGUCUCCAUCAACGAGGUGGUGCGCAAGAAGACCACUACGGCAGUGCAGAGCAAAGCCAAGCCUUCGCCUUCGAAGCGCUCACCGGUCAAGGACGAGCAGGACUCCUCAGCCGAGUGGAGCGAAUGGCAACCUUUGAAGUCUGGUGUACGCCGCAAGCUGAGGCGCAAUGCCCGCAAAGCUUUGGCCCUGAGCAGAGCUUCCCGAGGAGUGGUUCAAACCAAGAUGACCCCUUCUUCCUGGCCCCGCAGGACCUGUGGCUAUGACCUCAUCGAGAUCUUCGGUGGAACUUCGAUUCGUCAACUUGGUCUUGGUGCUCUAUGCUGGAACUGGUGCGUUUGCGGGCGCCCUCCCUCUCAGCGACAAUGCACAUGGUCGGACUUCUUGCUCGAGCGCUGGCUGGCUGUGGCUUUUGUAAAAGCUGGGUUGCUUUCUCCGGCUGUUUCUUCGCCUGUUGGUGCCUUGGUUCCCCGGGACGAGGCUGGUGAAGAUUUGGCCUGGAUGGAGGCGGUAAAACCUGAGUUAGUGGCGCAUAGUGAUUGGGCACAGGAGUCCUCUCCGUUUGGUUCACUUGGCUGGAGAUUGGUUCCAUUCAUGUGGACUUGGAUGACGAUGCUUGCGUAUUUUGUUGACCGCAGCUCCAUUAGCGCGAAGUUUUGGCUUCGUUGCUGUGAGUGGCUGUGGCCACGACGAGCUGGACAGCAGUGUCGUUUUGUGUCCAGGGUUCGAGUUACCAAUGUUCCUGUGCAGAAGGAGUUGGCGACCUUGCGGGUGUCUGUUGACCAAUUCUUGAUGUUGUCCGGUCGCAAUGCGGUUUUCGUUGAUCGAUUGGAAAAGGAUCAAACUGUUCGUCCAAUGUUGAUUGGAAGGAGCUCAAGCAGCUCGAGAAGGAUCGAGAUUCCCUUCCACCUCACCCCCGACGAGUGGCGUGAGGGCUACCGCGAGGCGCUGAUAAAGGAAUCAUCCACAUGGAUCCGCUACGGCGCCGUGGUCUUGCUUGACAUCGAGGCUUCGAGAGCAGUUGAAGCCCUGGUGAGCUGGUUCCUCUUCAACAGCGACAUCACCGGAGCCUUUCUCCAAGGGGAUCAGAGCAUGGCGGCCCGGAAAGAAGCACUAUAUCUUCGACCCCCUCGCGAAGGCCUUCCUGGUGUACACCCCAAGCAGUUGACGCUGGUGGUACGUGGCAUUUUUGGGUUGGCUAACUCACCACGUUUGUUUUGGAGGCACCUUCGUGACUCCCUCCUCAAGAUGGGCUUCCGCCAGAGCACCUUGGACAGGGCCAUGUUUUUCUACUACAAGGACGAGCGCUUGAUCCUGGCCCUGGGAGCUCACGCGGAUGAUUUGCUUGGCGCUGGAGAGCCAGGCGCUGAUGAGAGUCUGGACCAGAUCCGGAACACCUUCGACUUCGGCGCAUGGGCUCACAGCAGGACAGAUGAGGUGUUGGAAAAUGGUGGCAAGCAGAUCCGCCAGAAGCCCGACGGCUCCAUUUGGCUGUCAGAAGUUGAUCAAGGCCACCAAUGUCACACCUAUCCCCAAGUGGAGGUCUUCAACGCCCAAUGCACCGCUCUUGGCUUCAGAGAUGCCGCUUUAGAAGCUGCUGGUGGCUUGGCAAGCCUGAUGGAUUGGAGAAGCCACAAGAUAAAGAGACAGUGCAGGUCGACGCUGGCCGCCGAGAGGAUGGGUCUCGAUGCUGCAGUGGAUGCUGGACUCUAUGUCCGGGAGAUCUUCGCGGAGGCCUUGGUCUUCGGCUACGAGCCUCUGUACGACCUGCUCACCAAGGAUGAUGGUUCGCUCUCCACGACUCAGGAGAAGCGCUUGGCGAUAGACCUUGGAGGUCUCAAAGAGACGGCUGCCGAAUUUGACGAACAGAUGGAGCGGCUUGCUGAAGUGUACAAGUGGGUUGACACCCACCACCAGCUAGCAGACCAUCUGACGAAGCAGAAGCCGACGCAUUUGCUUCGUGGAAUUUUGGGCCAUGGUCGGUUUUGCACAGAGGGCCCGAAGCUGGAGUUUGGUGGGCCCAUAUCGCAAGCAGAUGCAGGUGCUGCAACCCGAGUGCCACUUCGCCAGUUCGCUCAGCGCUUGCAGAGUGCCAUUGCGCAAGCAGCAACCCUUCUGGUGGACAGGCAUCAAUCGCUCACUCGCCAGAGCUCAGACUUCACACCAACACAAGACGAGGAGAUGAUCAAGCUGUCCUAUGGAGUCCAGGCACUGGCUAUGAUGAAUAUGUCACUUCCUCGGCUAGUGGUUGGGGCGUCAAACCUGCAAGCGGGCUUGCGAGAUCUCGUGCCACCUUCUGCUGCGGUCUGUGCAGAGCAUUUGAGUGAAGAGGAGCUGCAGGAAGCGGAGAAAGCAGAGAAGCAAGAAGCAGAGCUGAGAGCAGAAGCAGAACUGAACCUGCGGAACAUUACCAUCGAUGAGCUUUACAGCGUUGUGCCACACGUGGAGCACCUCAUUUACCAAGCCAGUUGCCUCUUGAAUUCCAUCCGGAGCAGCGUGGUUGGCAUGGUGGGUGGAGCUGCCAAGAAGAUCAUCACAGUGGAGCCCUGGGUCUUGCGUCAGCUGGCCGAACAUUGCAUCACCGAGAUCAGUCACUUUCUUCGGCCGGGUCACCUUGCACAGCUUGGAAAGAUUCUCACAGAUCCUGAGGCUUCAGCAAAUGAUCGCUUCACAGCGCACAAUCUCCUACAGAAUGCUGUGAAAGCUAGCGGAGGGCAGCUUCCCGGAUGCCAGGACACGGGCACUGCCAUUGUAAUGGGGAAGCGUGGAAUGAGUGUAUUCACUGCUGGCGACGAUGAAGAGCAGCUAUCUGGGGGCGUCUACGAUGCUUACACAAAGAGGAAUCUGCGAUACUCGCAAAUGGCUCCUGUCACAAUGUUUGCAGAGAAGAACACAAAGUGCAAUCUGCCAGCGCAGAUUGACCUUUUGGCGACCUCUGAAGCCAAAUAUGAGUUCCUUUUUAUGGCAAAAGGCGGCGGAUCUGCGAACAAGACCUACUUGUACCAGCAAACCAAGGCCUUGCUGAAUCCAAAGAAGCUGGAAGCGUUCAUCAAAGAAAAACUGCAGACUCUGGGCACAAGUGCUUGCCCACCUUACCAUGUUGCCUUGGUAAUUGGAGGGACCUCAGCUGAAACUUGCUUGAAGACCGUUAAGCUUGCAAGUGCCAGGUACUACGAUGACCUCCCGACCUCGGGCAGCGACAGUGGCCGAGCUUUCCGUGACCUGGAAUGGGAGGAAAAAGUGCUGAAGAUUUGUCAAGAUUUGGGGGUGGGAGCCCAGUUUGGUGGGAAGUACUUCGCUCAUGAUGCACGGGUUAUGAGACUCCCACGGCAUGGUGCAUCCUGCCCAGUUGGCCUUGGCGUCUCUUGCAGUGCUGAUCGACAGAUCCUGGCCAAGAUCACAGCGGAAGGCGUUUUCGUGGAGGAGUUGGAGCACAAUCCUGCACAAUAUUUGCCAUCUGGACCUGUGGAAGGCCUUUCUGAACAGGUGGUUUCUAUCAGCUUGCAGCAGCCCAUGAAAGAUAUAUUGGCAGUACUCACAAAGUAUCCCAUCAAGACCCGAGUCUCCCUGACAGGUCCCCUCAUUGUUGCCAGAGAUAUUGCCCAUGCGAAGAUCAGUGAGCUCUUUGAACAGACAGGGAAGCUUCCACAGUACGUCAAGGACCAUCCAAUCUACUACGCUGGGCCAGCCAAGACACCGGCAGGAUUUGCUUCUGGCUCAUUUGGUCCUACAACUGCUGGCCGAAUGGACACCUACGUUCCAAUGUGGCAGCCUCAUGGAGCUUCUUUGGUGACUCUUGCCAAAGGCAAUCGGUCCAAACAGGUCACUGAUUCUUGCAAGCAGUAUGGCGGCUUCUACCUUGGAAGCGUGGGUGGUGCUGCUGCAGUUCUAGCUGAAGAUUGCAUCAAGAAGGUGGAGGUGCUGGAAUUUCCGGAGCUUGGUAUGGAAGCAGUGUGGAAAAUCGAGGUGGAGAACUUCCCGGCUUUCAUUCUGGUUGAUGACAAAGGCGCUUUGCCAAAGAAGAAUAUGCAGAUGACACAACAUACUGGUAGUAACACAAGCAGGUUUCAAGCCAAGAAAUACAGUCCGGUGCAGGCCGGAGGGGUCGCCAAAGACUACUUGGCUCUUUGCCGGGCGCUGAUAGAUGGCCUUGGUUGGGAGGUGACCUUGCUGACACCUGUAAACAUCCAAGAGUCUGGUGAAGACGAUGUUGCGAGAUGGUUACUGAAUGGGCAGCUUGUCUAUGCUCCUGUUGGAGCUGUUGAAGCAUCCAGCAACAUCGGGGUCGCUGCUUUCAUGGACUUUUUUUCCAUCACGAACACUGUGAUCUUCUUGCGGCUCCUAGCGGGCAAGAGAGGCCACGACGUCUGCUUCCUUGAUGACAGUUGCUUGCGAAUAGCUCCAAUCAUGCUCUUGCGAAGCUUUGGUAUUCCAAGUAUCGCCACAACCCACUCAGAUGUACCAUCGCAUCCAAUGUACCAGGAAUCCAUGUUGAUGAAGAUCCUUUGGUGGCUUCAUUUGGCCUCGGCAUUCUUUGCAACUGUUCAUGCGACGGUGGCAAGCGUCUAUGCCAAGUCGCUUUGGGAGCGAUACGCAGUCCCAGUUCACUGCGUUUGGCCACCUGUUCUUUGGUCCGAUGAGUUUCGUCGGCCCUUAGAUGAUUUGCUGGAUGCUGCAUCCCGCCAAAGGGCUUGUUGGAUCGAUAGGUUUGGGUUUUGCCCAAAAGCAAUUUUCCUUUUUGCGGGAAGGUGGUCCGCAGAAAAGCGAAUCCACUUGCUUGUUGAUGCUAUACCCGAAGACUGUGGCCUUGUCAUUGUCGGUGACAGUGACGCAGACUACGCAGAUGAAAUCGAGGCCAGUGUCAGGCGAAAUGUGCUCCCACAAAGAGGCAUGCUUGGUGCUGAAGACCUUCGCAUUGCCUAUGCUGCAAGCGACUUGUACGUCUCUGCGAGCACCUGCGAGACGCUUGGGAACACUGUCGUUGAAGCCUGGAGCUCUGGAACGCCCGUUGCAAUUCAGCCUGUUGGAGGGCACUUGGAAUUUGUCAAGGACGAAGAGAAUUCUUAUCUUGUUGACUUUGACAACAGCCAGAGGGCUCGCGAGCAUCUCUCAAGGAUAGUUGCUGGAGGCACCAAAGCAGCUGUCGAGCCUUGCCUCUCUAAGAUGGGAGAGCACUUCCGACAGCUGAACUUUUCAGGUGAAAUUCAGAGGCUUUUGCUCGAUCCAGUCCUUGCAACUGCUGCAACCUGGCGAGCUCGGAGUGUGCUUGAGAUUCUGCUGCGAGGGAUUCUCUUCUUAGCGUGCUGCGUAGUUUGGCCAGCCACCAUGGUGUGGUCCCGUGUGUACUUCGCAAUGUCGUGCGACCCGAAGUACAGGCAUGUGGCCCCUGGUAGUGCUAAUGAGCCUGACUUUGAGUCCAAGCCAUCAGGAGGAUCCAACUCGCUCCAGGAAUCCUGCUGCUCAACUUCAGCUACUCACGAUGAAAGCGCAAGGCCGCUUGUUCAAAGUGACAACUCAGACGUCUAA